GCGAUUCGCUCUUGUGAACUAUACGGUGUUGAAAGUCGCGAGAACAAUGUUACUUCCCCGAGGAAGUAUUGCUCUGCUGGUGGCCUUGGUGGCAAUAUUGAAUGUUGUGCAAGCGGAUUUCGGUUACAACAGAAAAUAUUGCAAGAAGCCUUCUGUUACAACUGCUAGUGGGUCCUCAGUUUAUCGAAAGACUUUCUGCUCUGGUGAUUUGAUUUUCGAGGACAAUUUCGAUAAACUGAACCUUGAAAAAUGGGAACAUGAGCACACCCUUGGUGGUGGAGGUAACUGGGAGUUUCAGUACUACCUGAACAAUCGUAAGAAUUCGUAUGUAGAAAAUGGAAUACUGUACAUUCGACCAACCUUACUAGCUGAUGAAACUGGUGAGGAGUUUUUGACCAGCGGAACAUUGAAUCUGAACGGGGGUUCUCCAUAUGAUUCUUGUACUAACCCAGCGUGGGAUGGUUGUGAAAGAACUGGCACUCCAGAAAAUCCCUUGAAUCCGAUCAAAAGUGCUCGUCUGCGGACAUUAAAAUCGUUCAAUUUCAAAUAUGGGAAGUUGGAGAUCCGCGCAAAACUGCCAACAGGCGACUGGCUUUGGCCUGCCCUUUGGCUGAUGCCUAAGCUCAAUCAAUACGGAACGUGGCCGACUUCAGGAGAAAUCGAUCUGAUGGAAAGUCGAGGAAAUCUGGAUUACCGUGUUGCGGAUGGAACCCAUAUUGGCGUUGAGCAAGUAGGAUCGACUUUGCAUUUCGGGCCAAACCCAUCACUGAAUGGUUUUGAGACUUCCACUGCGGCUAAAAAUAGUGCCCCAGGAGAAGGCUUCAACAAUGACUUCCAUCGUUACCAACUUGAAUGGACACCUGAGUAUAUGAAAUUCAGUGUUGAUGAUGAGGAAACUCUGGUAGUGGAUGGAAAUUUCUGGCAGCGAGGUAAUUUCGAUCAGAGAGCACCGGGAACACCAAAUCCUUGGAUCAGCGGAGAAAAGAUGGCUCCGUUCGAUGAAGAAUUCCAUGUCAUCAUGAACCUGGCCGUCGGAGGUACAAACGGAUAUUUCCCUGACCCUCCAGCGACAAACAAAGACAAUCCUAAACCGUGGACGAAUGGAUCUCCAACUGCUAGGGGUGGAUUCUGGUCUGCCAAGGAAGAUUGGUUACCCACCUGGAAGCUUGAGGAAAAUGAUAGCAAGGAAGCUUCUUUGCAAGUCGAUUACGUCAGAGUAUGGGCCCUGUAAUAUAAUGAUGAACUUGAUAAUAAACAGUUGAAAGUAUUUCAGAA